AGUCAGCUACAGUUGAGCACAGCUUCCUGUUUCCGGGAUUUGGUUGCCAGCAGUUAAUCAGGCAUCUGUUCGCCGGUCAUCAACAAGCCGCAGACGGUGAAUAACAAGUAUUCAUGGACGGGGCACGGUUGCAUGGCACCGGUGGCUGUGGAGGUGGAGACAUUAUGGUUCCGCUUGGUCUGACUGCUGAGAAGAUUAAAAACUUCACAAAGAAGCUGAAGUCUGAUCCACAAUUUCUGCUGGCCCAGAAUGUUUCUACCUGCAAUGACCCAUUGGAAAUGUGUGUCCAGAGAUCUGUUGUCCAAGAUACAGUCCACGUAUUCCAGCACACCAUCCCUGCAGAGGGAAAACCAGUGACAAAUCAGAAAAAUUCAGGGAGGUGCUGGAUUUUUUCAUGUCUGAAUGUGAUCCGGCUUCCGUUCAUGAAGAAAUUUAACAUUGAAGAGUUUGAAUUCAGUCAGUCCUAUUUGUUCUUCUGGGAUAAGAUCGAGCGCUGCUACUUUCUCCUUCAUGCUUUUGUGGAGACAGCACAGAAAAAGGAGCCUGCAGAUGGCAGACUGGUACAAUUUCUGCUGUCAAACCCAACAAAUGAUGGAGGCCAGUGGGACAUGUUGGUGAACCUUAUCGAAAAAUAUGGGCUUGUACCAAAGAAAUAUUUUCCAGAGUCUCACAGCUCUGAAGCCUCAAGAAGGAUGAAUGAUGUUUUGAAUCACAAGAUGCGAGAAUAUUGUAUACGACUGAGAAACAUGGUAGGAAGUGGGUCAACAAAAGAAGAGCUCUCAACUGCUAUGGACAGCAUGAUAGAGGAGGUAUUCCGAGUUGUGUCUGUCUGUCUAGGCAGCCCUCCUGAAAGUAUCACCUGGGAGUUCAGAGACAAAGAAAAGAACUACAACCGAAUUGGACCUGUUACUCCUCUGCAGUUUUAUCGAGAACAUGUGAAGCCCGUCUUCAACAUGGAGGAUAAGAUUUGCUUGGUGAAUGAUCCUCGACCACAAAAUGAAUAUGGAAAGCUGUUCACUGUCCAAUACUUGAGCAAUAUGACAGGUGGAAGGAAAACUCUUUAUAACAACCAGCCUAUUGCUGUGCUGAAAAAGGCUGCUGCUGCAUCAGUUAAGGAUGGUGAGGCUGUUUGGUUUGGCUGCGAUGUUGGCAAGCAUUUCUUUGGCAAGCUAGGCAUUAAUGACAUGAAUGUGUUUAACCAUAAGUUGGUGUUUGGUGUGUCUGUGAAAAAUAUGAACAAAGCUGACAGGCUGAUAUUUGGUGACUCCUUGAUGACUCAUGCAAUGGUCCUCACUGGUGUGACUAAAAAGGAUGGAGAAGAUGGAGCCUUUGAGAAGUGGAAAGUAGAAAAUUCAUGGGGAGAUGAUCGUGGAAACAAAGGUUACCUGAUUAUGACUGAUGCCUGGUUUUCUGAGUAUGUUUAUGAAGCAGUAGUAGACAAAAAGUACCUUACAGAUGAAAUCUUGGAUGUACUAAAGCAAGAACCAUUUGUUUUACCUGCAUGGGAUCCUAUGGGAGCCUUGGCAUAGAGCCAUCCAUUGAAGCACACUGAGAAACAUAAGACAAAGAUGUUUAAAAGCUGUAGUAGUCCAAUACAGAUCAGAGACAGGCGAGAUAAAGGUCCUUAGACCUGGAAUCUUAUGGGGAUUACAGAUCAACUUGACAGCUGUGGACAGUGUGGGAACUACAAUUGGACUAACUUUUUGUCAUAUCCUGAGCUGAGGCAGUAACAUUGAUUUUAUCAAAUUCUAGCAGCUGCAGACAUGGUAACAUAAAACAAAAAAGUUUUUUCGUAAGUGGUGCUCAGGUCUACUUAACUAGUUUUGUACUAUUAGCCUCAUUUUUACAGAUAUGAGAUGUAUCAACUUUUUUAAUUUUACAUGCCUGCUCUUGAUUUUAUUUUCUUUUAUUACUUUUUAAUCAUUGGCUCUGCAAGACAUGAGAAAGAGAAUAAACUGACAGUUUACUUUGUGAAGAAUUCUCACAGCAGAUACAGCAGUAGAACAAAGCAGCCAAGCCUCAGAAUCCAGUAAAAGACUUAUUAGCUGAAAGUCUGUAGCUUGCAAGCUUGUGCCUACAGUUCAAAAUGGAAGUGGUCUUUCACAUCUAAUUCAGUUUUGUACAUUGGAUCAUCAUUGACUUCAACAAGUGACCAUAUACUGUGGCUUCUUGUCUCCACAUCAGACAUUUUGUCCAGAUUACGCAGCUUUGUGUCUGUCUGUAUGUAUGUAUGUAUGUCCUUACUUGCCUAAUUCAAAAAAAAAAUUAAGGUGUUAAACCAUGGUCCCUUUCUUUUUCUGGUGUCUGCUUGUAUGGAUUUGAGAGAUCCUGCAGAAGUUUAGAAUCUCAUCAGUAUUGUAGCGUAAAUGAUUCCCAUUCUUUAAAUGCUACCAAGGCUUGAUCUGUCUUAACUUGCACUUCCACUCCAUUUUCUGUGGACAUAAAAUUAGGAAGCAGAAUGAUUAAAUUAAUUUCCCAUUCAUUAGAAAAUAGAAGCAUCAAUCUCGUAUACUACUAAGUCUUAUUUUUGAUAAUGAACCUCAAGAAUAAGGCACAGUAGGUCCAUCAUCAGAAUUGACUGCAAUAUUCUGACUGAACUACAGGAUCUUUCUUCAGAGAUAACUCUAAUAUCAAUUGCCAUAACAUUUGGGCUUUUUAUUAAUCCGUGUCAUUCACCCUUCAACAAAUGCAAAUAUAUCUCUGCGUAAAGCCUAACCCUCAUCUCACACUGAGCCACCACCACCACCGUCUGCAGUGCUGUCUUUAUUUCUUCUUACUGUGUUGAAACCAUUGGUCUGUAGGCUGUAUUCUGUACAAUUUUGCUAGUGUAUCAUAAUUUGUUACACCUCUCCUGGCUGUCAUUCCCUAUUGUCAUUAUCACUAUGACUGCUCAUCAGUUGUACUUUACCAGAGCUUGGGUGGUGAUAUCAUUUUUAUCUGACUUUGUCUAUCAUAACCACACCCCUUUACAUAGUCCCAGGAAAAGUUAGCCUGAAGUGUGUAUUUUUGUAUACGGGCAAAUCAAGAUCAGGAUGUCUUCGAAUAUUGCAGGAAAUUCAGUAAUCCUAAAAAAAUUAAUUUUUAAAAACUU